AUGGAAUCGACAAAUAGAGGAGUGACGCAGGCCGACAUCGACUACUUCACCUCAGCAGGAAUCAACGUGGUCCAUUCCAAUGAGCAACUGGGCGGCACAUACAACACCGACUACUUCAACAAAUACCACGGCGCCUCACAAACCAUCGUGUUCCCCAAGUGCACCAGCCAGGUGUCCACAAUUCUCUCCCAUUGUAACAACAGCCACAUCAGCGUAGUGACACAGGGCGGCAAUAGCGGCACAGCAGGUGGCGCUAUGGCGCAACAGCACGAGCUCCUGCUUUCCCUGCGCGACAUGGACCGAAUUCGCGACCUCGACGUUAUUUCUGGGGUCCUUGUGGCCGAAGCCGGCUGCAUUUUGGAAACCCUCGAUGAGCACGUUCGAAAAUUCGAAUACAUAGUUCCGGUGGAUCUGGGUGCCAAGAAGCGCUGCAUGAUCGGCGGCAAUGUGAGCACUAAUGCUGGGGGCCUGCGGUAUUUGCGCUACGGCAGUUUGCACGGCAAUGUGCUCGGAUUGGAGGUGGUCCUACCGGAUGGCCAGGUGCUGGACUCGCUGUUUACGCUAAAAAAGGAUGCAUCCGGGUACGAUGUCAAGCAGCUGUUUAUUGGUGCCGAGGGCACCCUGGGCGUAGUCACCGCCGUGUCGCUGGCGCUGGCGCCAAAGCCGCAGUCCGAGCAGCUGGUGGUCUUGGGGAUGGAUGAUUUCGUUACGAUCCAGCGAACCUUCGUGCUUGCCCGCCAGCUGCUGGGCGAAAUCGUCUCGGCGUUCGAGUUCUGGGAGCGGCGGUGCAACGAGCUGGUGGUGCAGUACGAGGGGUACAGCAGCCCGCUAAGUGCCACGCACGAAUUCCACGUGCUUAUUGAAACCAGAGGGUCGCUCGCGCGGCACGACUGGGAGAAAAUGGACUUAUUUCUGGCCCGGCUGCGCGCAGGGAAGUUGAUCGGCGAGAGCCGGGUGGUGAGGGACCCGGCGGAGAUGGAGCAGGUGUGGUUGUUCCGGUCGCAGAUGGCCAAUGCGCAUAUGAAGAGCGGCUGCAUGCACGUGUAUGAUUUCAGCCUGGCGUCAAAGCACCAGCACGAGCUGCUGCGUGCAGUCAAGGCACACCUCCAUAGACACAAGCUGUAUGGCUGCGAGCAAGCCGCGGUGCGCGAUGUCACGUUCUUUGGGCACGUCGGCGACGACAACAUUCAUCUGCAGGUAAUCGCCGAUGAGUUUGGAGGCGCUGUAGAGGAGGCCAUGGAGCCUUGGGUUUACCAGUGGGUCGGCGCGCAUAAGGGGUCGGUGGCUGCGGAGCAUGGGCUGGGCGCGCAUAAGGGGCAGUUCCUGAAGUACUCAAAGUCGCCUGUUCUUGUCGACGUGAUGAAGGCGCUCAAGCGUCUGCUAGACCCGAACGACAUCAUGAAUCCGGGAAAGCACGUUGCGCGCGCUUAA